AUGGGGUAUCAGAGGAGUCUGUGGAGGAGUCUGGCCGGAGGAGGAGGAGGAGGAGGAGGAGAUGUUGCCGUGGUGAGGUGUUCGUGUUCAGAGGAGCAGGUGAAGAUCUCCUUCAAGACCACCGUGGAGGAGCGACGGGUCAGACGGGUGUACGUUCGGCGCUGGUUUGAGUCGCCUCGCCUCUCCAUCGCCUCCAUUAGCAGCGAUGAGCGGGCUUCAUCAGCCACGCCCUCCGACUCGUCCGACUUGCUGCCAUCCAGCCACCGCCCACUGAGCUUGAUCUCCACGGUGUCCACGGGCUCUGGGUCCUCCAGAGACGAGAACGCGGCCCCCCCUGAGCUGUCUGCAGGAUCCUCAGACGUUGACCUCAACCAGAACCUGAGGCCGGCGGGGGGCGCUGCACACGAGGAGGGGCCGGGCCUGCCCCCUGAGAGGAAGAGGCAGAGCUUCGUUCACAAUCAGAACAUCAACAACACAACGUGGACGGCGAGCAGGGCCUCCAGCCGCCGGCAAAAGGCGUCGCCCUUCAUCAUCGGCAGCAUGGCGCCCAACCCCCAGCUGACCUACCUGGACCGCGUUGUCAUGGAGAUCAUUGAGACGGAGAGGAUGUACGUCAGAGACCUGCGGAUGAUCAUAGAGGAUUAUCUGGCUCACAUCAUCGAUCAGUCAGAUCUAUCCAUCCGUCCCGAGCAGGUCUGCGCUCUCUUUGGAAACAUCGAGGACAUCUAUGAGUUCAACAGCGAGCUGCUGCAGGACCUGGACAUGUGUGACAACGACCCUGUUGCCGUGGCCAGGUGCUUCGUCAUGAAGAGCGAAUGCUUCGAGAUCUACACGCAGUACUGCACCAACUACCCCAACUCUGUUGCAGCGCUGACGGACUGCAUGAGGAACAAAUCUCUGGCCAAGUUCUUUCGGGACCGCCAGGCGUCGUUUAAGCGCUCGCUGCCUCUGGGUUCAUACCUACUCAAACCUGUCCAGAGGAUCCUCAAAUACCACCUUCUGCUCCAGGAGAUCGCCAAGCACUUUGACCCUGAGGAGGAGGGCUACGAGGUUGUGGAGGAGGCCAUCUACACCAUGACCCGGGUGGCCUGGUACAUCAACGACAUGAAGAGGAAGCACGAGCACGCCGUCAGACUGCAGGAGGUCCAGUCGCUGCUGCUGAACUGGAAAGGACCAGACCUCACCACAUACGGAGAGCUAGUCCUGGAGGGAACCUUCAAGGUUCACCGGGCCAAAAAUGAGCGGACGCUCUUCCUGCUGGACCGCGUGCUGCUCAUCACCAAACGCCGCGGAGAGCACUACGUCUACAAGGCGCACAUCUCUUGCUCCACUCUGAUGCUGAUCGAGAGCGCCAAAGACUCCCUGAGCUUCAGCGUCACUCACUACAAACACCCCAAACAGCCUCACACCGUCCAGGCAAAGUCUGUGGAGGAGAAGAAGCUGUGGGCUCAUCACAUCAAACGCAUCAUUCUGGAAAACCAUCACGCCAUCAUCCCACAAAAGGCUAAGGAGGCCAUCCUGGAAAUGGACUCUAUCUACCCGGCCCGCUUUCGCCAGAGUCCUGAACGUCUGAAGAAAGCCGGCUCUGCUCAGUCUGAUGAGUUUCCACAAGAUGCUCGUCAUGGCCGCCGGUCGUCUGAGCCAACCAAAUGUCUUAAGAGCAACAAAGUAUCCGUGGAGGUAAGAGACCGUCGUUGCCACGUCGUCACAUUUCUGUCAAAUAUCAACAAUGCACAUUCAGACGGUGAAGGCGAGCUGGCGCCCGGCAUCAGUAGCAGCACGCUGGGAUCCAGCAGCCUGGGCGAGUCCGAGGUGGACCAGGAGCUGGAGGAGGAGGAGCUCUACGGGAGGAAGGACUCGCUGGACCCUGCGAUGGGCAGUGAGGGGGAGGAGGAGGAGUUUCUGCUGGAGGACGAGCAGGUAGACGACUUCGCCAGCUCCGUGCUGGCGGCCAUCUCCUGCUGGCACCACACUGUCCAGGUCUUCCUUUCCUCCGCGGGGACGGAGGCCGAGGGAUCCGAUGUCUCCUCCAACAAAGAAAACGGUCGACAUUCUGAAGAAGAGACAGCACCUGCACAGCAGUCUUCAGAUAAGCUGCCUGAGGAAAACGCCUCAAAACCAAAGGAAAUAUCCAAACCAGAACCAGAGAAGUCAUGUGACCAGGACCAUUCCAGGACGACUCCCCGAACACCUCAAGAUCUGAAACCUGGCGACGAUCCGCAGCCUGCAGCAGAACCGUCCUCCACCAUGCCUGAUUCAGACUCAAAGACCCUCAGCAGCGGGGAGUCCUCCGAGGAUGAAGAGGAGAGGGAGGCUUCAGGGAAAGGGGCCGUCUCUCCAAGUAUUCUCCCGUCCUCAGUCCUGGACAAAGCCAGUGCCAUCGCUCAACACUUCUCUAACUCCAUCAAGCGAGGCAGCGUGCCUCAGGACGACACCCGCUCUCUCGGGUGUCCUUCGCCUCGGUUACCCAGCAGGACCGGCAGCAGCCUCAGCCUCAGUGCGGAGGCAUGUGACCGACCCCUGCGGCUCAACAGCAACACCUCAGAUGGUCCUGAGACGGAACUGAUUGUCAUGUCUCCUUGGGAUGAUGGUGUCUUCGAUGUGGACCGAAGCCUCCGCCAAAGACGGGACUCCACGUUGUCCAAACAAGACCAACUGCUGAUUGGGAAAAUCAAGACUUACUAUGAAAACGCUGGGAGUCAGGAUGCCACCUUCAGCCUCCAGCGGAGGGAGAGUCUCACCUACAUCCCGACCGGGCUGGUCCGGAGCUCGGUGAGCCGGAUCAACAGCGUCCCGGAGAAAGAGCCAGUGACAAACCCACCCGCCUCCACCUUUCCAGACCCUUCAUCGGCUGAUCCAGACUUAACCUCAGAGACCUGGAGCCACAUGGUUUCCAGUCGCUCCUUGGACUCCUUAAAGUCAGAUCAGUUCAGCACAGAUUCUGGAGAACACCGCAGGUCCAGGUCUGAGAGCUUGAAUGACUAUCUGUCUGAGGAUGAAGAGUUCAGACCUUCGUCUGAGAUGAUUAAGAUCUGGCAAGCGAUGGAGCAGCAGGUUACCAGAUCCCAAAGAGAGGACAGAGGGCAUCGACCCAGAGAAGCUCUGAAAAAUUGCAGAGCCGCCAUCUGUCUGUCUGACACAACCAAGAGUCGUGACCCAGAGCCGAGAGCAUCUGAGCACCUGAGCACCAUCACAGAGGACUCCACAAUUCCCUCACUCCGCAAGACCAAAUUGUCGGGGCUGAACCGAACUGGAAGCCUGAAGAAUGCCCUGAGGUUGUUCGGGGAAGAGGCGGUGGUCCUCAGAGGAAUGGUUCCCCGCGUUGCCCAGCUUCGGGCGGAGGCUGAAGGAGACCGAUCCAGCCAGGACUCAGACCAGCUUGAUGAUGGCGACAAGACCAAGAGCAAAGUCCUCCAUCUGGCCCGGCAGUACAGCCAGCGGAUCAAAACCCCCAAACCUUUGGUUCGACAACGAAGUCAGGCAAUCCUGGGUGGCAGCAAAGGCUUGGCUUGCGUGAUGGAGGAGAAGGAGAGUUCAGGUAAACCCAACCUGACUCUGCAACUGGUUCCUGAAGACCAGGCUACGUCUCAGCCCCUGAGUCCCGAGGACCAGGUCCGGUCUCCAUCCGCGGCCCCCCUGGGCCGGGGUCCCCUGCGCAGCCCGCUCAGUCCGCCCCCUCCCUUAAAGGGCUUCAACUGGCCCGACGUCCGGGAACUCCGCUCCAUGUACUCCAACCACAGCCGCUCCCAGACCGUCCCGACCAACCGGACCCCCACACCGGACCAGCAGUAUGAAGGAGGUCGAAGGAGGCACUCCAGCGUGUCCUCCAGCCUCAGCGCCACCGGCUCCAACGGUGGUCCCUCACACCCGCCUCACGGCCAGGACCAGCACAGCAAACGGCUCCACAGAGCCAACUCCAUGGACCCUCGCCUGAGCGGGGAGCAGAUGAGCGAGCUGCAGCGCCUCCAGGAGCAGGCUGCCCAGGGCCACUACAGCAGCUACUACGUCGCAGCGGAGGCGUCGCGGUCAGAUGACCCCGAACACAAGAUCAUCGUCAUGGAGAAGCUUCAGGAGCCUGAAGGGUCGCAGACGGAUCCCCCCGAGGACGACGGUGACAGCUACGUCCAGAUCCGCUCGCCGACCAGCAGAGAGAAGAUCUCCAUCAUGGCCGUCAUCGACCGCUGCCGCGUCUACCAGGAGUCUGAGGAAUACAAGCACCGAGAGGAGGCCAGAGCCAAACCUGAGUCAGCGAGAGCUCAGGAGCUGGACAAGACUUCACCCGAACAGGACACCGCCCACAAUGCUGCCGCCACCUCUGGGUCAAAGACGGAGGGCGGCCAGAAGAGCCUUGUGAAGAAUCUGAGAGAAAAGUUCCAGAACCGCAGCUGAAGGCCCGGUCCGAUGGAACAUAAACAUGAUGGGCGUCCGAGGAUGUAACAAACUCCUGCUGCAGACGCUCUUACUGGGAGUUCUUCAGACCGAGACCCAAAACUACGACCACCAGACGCUCAGCAUCCCGUUUUACAGCGUAAAACAAGUCGACAGGUCUCGACUGGUCCUGACUGGUCCUGACUGGUCCUGACUGGUCCCGACAGGUCCCGA